AGAAGAAAUUGUAUCAAAGCAUGUGACGUUUACUACAUGACAACCAUGCAUGAAGAGAUUAUAGAAAUAAUGAAAGAAAUAAAAAUAUUAUAUCAGUAUACAUAAUAUAUUAACAUUAAUCAAAAAUAAUUUUAUAAUUCAUUUAAUCACUAGUUAUAAAAAAAGAAAUAAUUCCAUCAAAUCUGUUCUGUACUUCAUCGUUUGCUUUUAGUGGUACUAUUGAGAGGAUCAUCCUGCAUUGAGAUUUUAAUAGAUUAAUAAAUUUAAGAAAAUGAAGCGAGCACGUAUAAAAGCUAUGGUUACUGUUCCAACCAGAAGAAAACCAACACAAGAUAUAUCUAUUACUGGAGUUACUAAUUCAGUUGAGCACAAUGAGAAAAAUAAAGAUACAUCUGAUGGUACUUGUAUAACGUCACAACAAACUUUAGAAAAUGUUUCUGAAGAUGUGCAGAUACAAGAAAAUUUAGAUAAUACACAAAAAUUAAUAGAAGUCCAAGAGGUAGAAGAACAAAUACAAAAUGAAAAAUUACAUGUUGAUGAUCAAUGUAAUGAAAAUAAGGAUGACUCUACAAAAAAUUCUGAGAAAUCAACAAAAGAAAUUAUACAAUCACCAGAAAUUUUAAAUGCAACGCAAAUUAAUUUUCCUAUAAAAUCGCAAAAUCGAUCUAGUUUUAUGAAACCGAUACCAAAACUUGACAAUAAUAACAGAGUAAGAAAAAACAGUAUUCAAGGAAGUGGAGCAAGUACAAGUGAAUCUGAAGAUGAUAGUAAAAAACUGCCAUGCGCUAUCGCCAAUCAUACAAAAAAUGAUCUAGUGCAAUCCACACACAAUACAAAAGAUACUGUUACUAAUAACAUCAAGAAUAAUUUAAUAACAUCCAAAGUAGGACAGAAAAGACGUAUUUUAGUUUCAGAAUCUGCAAGAAAAUUAGCAGAAGCUAGAAGAGAAUUUCAUUUAAAACAUGAAAAUAAAACUCCAGAUAGAAGCAAACUCACAAUGUAUGACUUAAUAUAUUAUAAUCCUGUUACUAAUCCUAUGAAAAAGUCUAAAGAGUCUGCAAUACCAAGAAAAAUAAUAGAAUGUCAAUCUGAAGAAGUUCAGGAAGAAGAAGAAGAGGAAGAUGAUCCAUCAUCUACAAUGCCUGUACCUCAAGUAAAAGUUGGACCAAAUGGUCAAUUAAUAAUAGAUGAACAGAGUCUUGUUAUUGAACAAACUAAUGCGAAGAGAAAUAGAAAAGUAUUAGCAAAAGAAGCUAUUAUUGAUGAUGAUAACAAUGGAAGUGGAUUUUAUAAAAAGCGUCAAAAAAGUAAAGAAUGGUCUUCGCGAGAAACUUUGAAUUUCUAUAAAGCACUAAAUACAAUUGGUACAGAUUUUUUGUUGAUGCAAAGUCUUUUUCCUAAUAGAACGAGACAAGAAAUGAAGUUAAAAUUUAAGAAAGAAGAAAAAGUAAACAGACAUUUGGUUGAAAAAGCUUUAGCAUAUCAUCAAGAAUUUGAUACUGAAAUGUUAGAAAAGUCAUUAGCUGCAGAAAAAGAACUUUUACGCAUAAAAGAAACACGAAAACAACAAAAGACAAAAACUAAGAAUAAAAAGUCAAGAAAACGACGAAGCAAACUAGCACGUAGUAUUGGAAUGUACAGUGAAACUGAUAGCGAAGAGGGAGGAAAAGAAGAAGAAGACGAUGAAGAAGAAAAGGAAGAAAAAAAAGAAUGUUAUAUACCGAAUGACUUAGAUUCGACGGUAUAUAAAGAAAAUACACACUCAAACGACAAAUAUGAACAAGCAUUAAAUAAAACAAAUAAAAGACCAAGAAUUGAAAAAAAAAUAUUGACAGAUGAUGUAGAAUCAUACAAUGAUGUUGACAGUGAUACAGAAGUUUAUUAUGUAAGACCAACAAGAUCAGGGAGAUUACCAAAAAUAAAAAAAUUGCAGGGGCCUGAUAUAAAUACACUUGAUAAUGAAAGAUUAAAUUAUUGUUCUAAUGAUGAUGAACUUACAAUGUCAUCAGAAAAUAAUGUUACUGAAAAAGUUACUGAAGAUUUAAUUUUUGAUAGUAUUAAUUCAGAAAUUCAUCAUAUAGAUCCUAAAACAGUUAUACCAAAUAUUAAUGACGUAGAACCAGGGUCAUUCGUUAUUUUGUCAAAAGAAUCUUUAGACGAACCUGGUAAAAGUGUUUUACAAGUUUAUAUGGUAAGUUCGGACGUUCACUCUUAAAAUUUCGAGGAUAUAUUAAUAGAACUCUUAGUAAUUGUAAUUAUUAAAUUAUCACGUGUUUAAUU